GCAGCGCACCCUCACAAAGAUGGCCGCCUACUUCUGUUUGGCAACCGUGUCACUGUUAACCGCGUAAUCGGCGAGCGACUUGCCGUUACCCUCUUCUAAUCACUCGCGCAAAACCCCGACUAGUCGUGUAGUACGUACCUUUGUGCGCGUGUUGAAGGAACGAACAGUGUGACGGUAUGGCUGGUGUUCCGGCGGCCGCGGCACCCGUGCUGGACCAGGUGGAAGAGGACGCGUCGGAGCUGCAGUUCCCGAAGGAGUUCGAGAACGCCGAAACGCUCCUGAUCAGCGAAGUCCACAUGCUGCUCGAACACCGCAAGCAGCAGAACGAGAGCGCCGAGGAAGAACAGGAACUAUCUGAGGUGUUCAUGAAGACGCUGGGCUACUGCCAGCGGUUCAGUCGGUUCAAGAACCGGGAGACCAUCACGGCCGUGCGGCAGUUGCUGGCCCAGAAGAAGCUGCACCGCUUCGAGCUGGCUCAGCUGGCCAACCUGUGUCCCGACAACCCAGAGGAGGCACGCGCCCUCGUGCCCAGCCUCGAAGGGCGCUUCGAGGACGACCAGCUGCGGCAGAUACUGGACGACAUCCAGACACAGCGCAGCUUCCAGUACUGAGACCUCCUGUUGUACUGUCUGGUGUCGUGCGAAAGUGUCUGCGCAGUGUAAAUUUCCAAUAAAUAAGACCGGUUUU